AUGGAGGUAGACGAAGACACGAAGAAGAAAACCUUUACCUGCAGGGUGUGUGGCCGAGGGUUUACCCGGCACGAUAACUGGCAGCGACGCCACCAAACACAGCACGACGUCCACGAAGUCUCUGGUGAAAGCGGUGUGGGGAAAAAGAAGCUGUUCACCUGCUUGGUGUGUACCAAGAAUUUCACUCGGCGAGAUAGCUGGCUUCGGCACCAGCGGACACACCAACCCCAAACGAAAAGAUUCAUCUGCUCAACCUGUCGUCGGGCGUUUUUUCGCCGGGAAAAUUUGAUCCACCACCAACAGCGACAUGAAACAAACAAAGAACGUGUGUGGUAUUGUAUAGACUGCCAGAAGUCUUUCUACAGAUUGUGGGAUUGGCGUACCCAUCAACGUGGAGAACACGGCCAGAGACCAGCUUCAUCUACCACCACCAACAACAACAACAACAAACCCAGCAUAAGUAAAGCUAGAGUAAGUCUAGAGGCAGACGAAUCGCUGAAAGAAAAGAAACCGGCGAGCCAGUUCGAACCCGACCCGAUACAACCUCGCAAGGAUGUCUUGCCUAGCGGUGACAAUGAUGUGAACUCUAAUGUACCAGACUAUGACCACCCCAUGUGUUUCAUCUUGACCGGUGAUCCCCAGGCACUCGUCGAGCAAAUGAUGGCUUACCUCAACGAAAUCAGCGAGAUCAGUAGCGCCUAUCUCCGCGAGCGUUAUACUUACAUCCUGGACGCGUUAGACAAGCGGAUCAAUCCCAACGAGACGAAACUGUCUUACACUCGGCAGGCACGGGACAGAUUCGUCAAAUAUAUGAACCAGCUCCCCGUCCUCGGCUUUAACUCGGGCAACUACGACCUGAACUUGAUCAAACAGCAGCUUUAUCCACACCUGGUUCAGAGCCGUGAUUUGGAGUAUGUGAUUAAGCGGAACAAUAAUCACAUGACCCUCACCACACCGCAGCUGAAAUUUCUGGACAUUCGGAAUUACCUGGCCCCGAAUUACAGUUACGACAAGUGGGUGAAAGCUUACGACUGCCGCAUCACCGAAGGGAAAUUUUGUUACAGCUACAUAGACUCCCUGGCCCAGUUGGAGGAAACGGUACUCCCACCUCAACAUGCUUUCGACAAUGAUCUCACCCACCAGCCGUGUACGUACGCAGAGUACAAGACCCUACAGACGGUGUGGCGAGAGCACGGCAUGCGUGCCGUCAAAGACUUGCUGCGGUGGUAUAAUAACCUAGACGUCAUUCCCUUCAUGGAGGCUGCGGAGAAGAUGUCGGUGUUCUACUGAACCAUGCAUGUCGAUGUCUUCAAAGACUGUAUUAGCAUACCAGGGCUUACUCUCCGCUACUUGUUUCACGAUUUACGGUCCGUGUUCACGCUCGUCGGUGAGAAAGACAAAGACAUGCACGACUGCCUCAAGAAAAACAUCAUGGCUGGGCCGAGCAUCAUUUUUCACCGCUACCACGAACGAGGCGUGACCCGUAUAUGGGGAGGAAAGCUCUGUCAGCAGAUCGUGGGGUUCGAUGCCAACGCGUUGUACCUGUACUGCCUCGCCUCACCUAUGCCGGCGGGUCACUGCAUCCAUUGGCGACGACGGGGCGGGGAGAUGUUCGUUCCCUCCGGCACCCCCACCCGUGUGGCCGAAAAAUGGCUGGACUGGCAGUCACACCAGAUGGGGGUAUCGAUCCGUCACCGACUGAACCACACCGAGAAGCGGAUCGGUGACCGACAACUCCCCAUAGACGGGUUCGCCUAUAUCAACGGACAGCCUACUGUUUUCCAAUUCCAUGGGUGUUAUUCCCACUACCACGGCUGUCACCUGAAUCACCCUGCCCCGGGGAAGGUGCGUUACAAUGACCGGCGGGGGUUAAGCCCCCAAGACUUACGGCGGGAGGUGGACACAAACGACGCUUACAUCCGCUCCCAGGGCUAUCCGUUGGUGUCGAUAUGAGAGUGUGAGUUCCAGCAUCAGCGGGACACAAACCCACCCUUACAGUCCUUCUUACAACAGUACGGCUCACCCUCCCCCCCC